AUGGAAUCGGGCGACAUUCUUGGUGACGGAAGUGUUCUGAAAAGCCUUGUAGAGGAGGGCUCUGAUCCGCCAGUUUUUCCGGUCUUUGGUGAUGAUUGCGUGACGCACUUCGUGGGCACCCUUCCGGAUGGAAGCAUCUUCAAUGACACAAUCAAGCGCGACCAGCCUUUCAAGUUUCAACUUGGGGCAGAGCAUGUCUUGGAAGGAUUCGAUGAAGGAGUCGCGACUAUGCGAAAGGGAGAGCGAGCCAUCUUUCAGCUCUCACCCGAAGUUGCUUAUGGAUCUCUCGGUGCCCGUGACGAGCGGGGAUGGCAAGUUCCACCAGAUACGCCGGUGACUUUUGACAUCCGCUUGCUGGACGUCAUUAAAGCUUCAGAAAGCUCCGUGACAUCACAGGACGCUGCCCGAAGAUAUGGCAGGGAAGAUGUAGGUGUUGGUGGAAAGAGUGCAGAUGGGAGGUAUACUUGGGAGCGCAAAGGGGCCGAGGUUCUGGUGAUUGCUCCAGUUGCAGACGAUGUUACAGCCAAAGAUGUGAGCUACAUUUUUCAAGAGAGAUACAUCUCCCUGGCGGUGCGUGGAGAAAUCCUGCUGGCUGGUCGACCUGGCUGUGAUGUCGCAGCAGAGGAAUGCUACUGGGAGCUUUGCUCGGACUCAGGCAGGAGGUGCCUGCUCGUUCACUUGGUAAAGAAAGGCUCGCUCUCGGCCAGGUGGCCGGACAAGCUCAUCACUGCGACGGAUGGUGAUGAUGCAAAGAUGCCUCGUUAG